UCUUGCUCGGUGAAUCGAUUUUCCUUCUUAUUUUCGGUUUACGUGCCAAAGCGAUUCGAUAGAAGUAGCGCAGUACGCUUUCCAAAAGUGAUUACGUCAUCGAAAGCGCGUGGUAUAAAUAUUUUCAACAAAUUUGCUUUGCUAGACAGUGUUUCAUAACAUCUUUGGGAGAAACGUGACGGUUAAUCGUUGGGCGUUACCAAACAUCGUUAUCUUUUCUUCCAAAGGAACGACUUUAGCGAAAGGAAUCGUCCUCCUUUCUGCCUCUUAUUCGGCAUUAUUUUGACGAGUGCGCGUAUCGUUCGUUCGGACAAAUCCGCCGCAGGAUCGUUAUCAACCCGUGCAUUUACCGUCAUUUUUUCCUUUACCCGACAGAUCGUCGUAGACCGCUUGAAACCAACGAAGUCGGAAGAAACGACAGGAUGAGCUACGGAUAUCAAUUUCCAGGACGAGGACCACCACCGACGUCGUUUGGGGUUCCACCCGGUACACCCUCUGCCCCCGGUGCUCCGCCACAUAUGCAAACCACUAACACGGGCUUUCCAAACGCAGCUCCAGUUUCAUUCGGCAUGCCUCAACCUUACUCUCCGUAUGCUUCUUCGCCCUAUCCGAUGCAACCUAGUCGUUCGAAUCCAGCUCAAGUCUCGUGCGCUACCAGCCAAUCUCAGUUCCCGCAGCAGAUGCCUUAUCCUCCUCAACCGCAACAAAAUAUAUAUCCUCCGCAGCCAACCUCUUAUCCCUCUUCUUAUCCGUCCUCUCGUAUGCCAGAAUCUUCUUAUCGGCAACAAAGUUCCAUUUAUCCUAAUCUUCCUCGAGAGCAAAAUAUGCAUUGCUUCGGAGAUAGAAAUUCGUCUUCUUUGUCGAAUCCUAAUAUGUCAUUGUCAUCUAAUUCAGCACCAUACCCUGGUGGCAGCUAUCACGGGGGGCAGGGGUUAGGAAAUUUGUACUCUCCUUACGGUGCUAAUUCGCCAUUGGCUUCCGGUCGUGUUGCCCCAGCCCCCCGGAGCUGCAGCGCGAAUAAGUUGUCACCCACUGUGGUACCUUAUAACGGCUUUGAUGCCAGAGCCGACGCGGAAGUUAUAAGAAAAGCUAUGAAAGGAUUUGGUACGGAUGAAAAGGCCAUUAUCAAUGUUCUUGCCAAUCGAAGUAACUUGCAGCGACAAGAAAUUGCUUCUCAAUUUAAAACGCUUUAUGGAAAAGAUAUGAUAAAGGAUUUAAAAUCGGAAUUGUCUGGAAACUUUGAAAAACUAAUUCUUGCUAUGGUGAUGCCAUUGCCGCAAUUCUAUGCCAAAGAACUACACGAUGCCAUGUCCGGUAUCGGUACGGACGAAUGCGUACUUAUUGAAAUAUUAUGUACGAUGUCGAACCAUGAAAUCCGUGUUAUCAAAGAAGCCUACGAAGCUAUGUACCGUAGAAAUUUAGAAGAUGAUUUAAGAUCGGACACAUCUGGGAAUUUCAAACGUUUAAUGGUCUCAUUGUGCUGCGCCAAUAGAGAUGAAUCAUUCGACGUAGACCCAGCCAGUGCCAUGGAAGAUGCGAAAGUUCUUCUACAAGCUGGCGAACUCCGAUUUGGAACCGACGAGUCGAUGUUUAACGCGAUCCUUGUCCAGAGAAAUGUACCUCAACUGAAACAAAUUUUCCGAGAGUAUGAAAGCAUAACUGGUCAUACUAUAGAAACUGCUAUAGAAAAUGAAUUUUCAGGGGACGUUAAAAAAGGUCUCCUUGCUAUUGUGAAAUGUGUCAACAACAGAGCUGCUUUCUUCGCCGAACAAUUGUACAAAAGUAUGAAAGGUUUGGGAACGGACGACAGUCGUCUCAUCAGAUUGGUCGUCACGCGUUCCGAGGUUGACAUGGGGGAGAUAAAAGAAGCGUUUAAGGAAGAGUAUGGUGAAUCGCUAGAGGAUUUUAUAUCCGGUGAUUGUUCUGGACAUUACAAGAAAUGUCUAUUAGCUCUCGUGUCCUAAAUCUCGAAUUGCACGAAAAUAGAUUAAUUAAACUUUUCGCAUUUACCAAUUGCAAAGAUUCGCGAGUAUACGUCGGCUUUCUCCAUAUGCUUAUAUAUAUUUGUAAUAAAAUUGAAAUUGACGUGAAAACGUAUCGUUAAGUCACACGUUCCUAUUAGUCUCGGCAAGAAUACGAAAAAUGUUAAAAUUAUUAUACGCUGAGGUUACAAAUCGUGCCAAUUUUCCUAACGAAUCUUUGCGAAAAGAUAUAGAUCUUGCAUGUUUGUCGAAUCUGAAUGAGAUCUGUAAUAUCGAUCAUUAAUAUUUUAUUUUUAUAAAACUACUCGUACGAAGAAGGAAGAAAUACGUUAUGAAAAUUAUCGUUUUAUAUACAUAUAUAUAUAUAUAUACACAUAUGCAUAUAUAUUAUAUUUACAUAAUACAUGCAGGUAUAUUCUCUAUUUUAUAUAUAUAUACAUAUAUACAUAUAGCAUUUACAUAAUAUAUACGUUUAUUAUGUAAAUGAAUUGUAAAAGACAACAUAUAUUACAAUAAAUAAAAACGGCUUAACUUAU